AUGACGGACCUCGAGCAGGGCUAUGUCCAUGCAAAACUCGAUAUCAAGACGGAGAUCGUCGAGAUUCCGGAUGCCGUCAAGUCUACCUCCUCCUUUCAGAGAUGGACCCUAAGGCUCUGUCGACUGGCAGGGGUAGAGACUCAAGGUAUACAAAGAGUCGCAAUUGAUUCGCGUCAACCUGCUGGUCCAGAUGAUUACACGCGAAUCUUCCUGCUCUGGCUGAACUCGUCCCUCACGGCCAACAACAUCAUCGUGGGCCUGUAUGGGCCUUCAUACUACGGCCUAGACCUAGGCACUGCAUCCGUCUGUGGUGUCUUUGGGAGUAUACUGGGAAGUAUCGCGGUGGCCUACAUGAGUACGUGGGGACCACGCAGCGGCCAUCGCACAUUGGUGGUAACGCGAUACUUUCUCGGUUACUACCCAAGCAAGAUUUGCUGCUUUCUCAACAUUCUGACGAUGUUGGGCUACGGCAUGGUCAAUUGCAUUUUGGGUGGCCAGAUCAUCUUCACUAUUUCCAAUGGCCGGACGCCCGUCACCGUCGGCAUUGUCGUCGUCGCCGUCCUGACCUGGUGCAUCGCUACCUUCGGCAUGAACCUUUUCCAUCUCUGGUCCCGUUACGCCUGGGUCCUCUCGCUCUCCGUGCUCUGCAUCAUGAUCGGCUGUGCAGGCCCAGCAUUCGAUUCCACGCAUCGUCUCUCCCCCGACCUCCCCCAGGACACAUCCGCGCACCGCCUCUCCUUCUUCUCCCUCUGCUUCGCCUCCGCCAUCACCUGGACCCCCUCGAGCGCAGACUACUUCGUCUACUUCCCCGCCAGCACCCGACCCCUCCGCAUGUUCCUCUCCGCCGCAGCAGGAAUGGGCCUCGCCAUGAUCCUCACCACCAUCCUGGGCAUCGGCUUAGCCACAGCCCUCUACUCCAAUCCCGCCUGGAUGGCCGUCUUCGCCGAUUCCCCCGGUGGCCUCCUCGCGCUCUCCUUCUCGGGCCUUUGCGGCUUCGGCAGCCUCUGCGCCGCCAUCCUCGUCCUCACCGCCGUCUCGAACAAUAUUCCCGCCACGUACUCGGCCGGCCUGAACCUCCAAAUGCUGGGCAAGUGGGGCCCACGCAUUCCCCAGCCCCUCCUGACAACAUUCGAGGUGGUCGCGUAUACCGUCUGUGCCGUCGUGGCGCGCGCCUACCUGCGCGACAUCAUGGAGGAUUUCCUCCCGCUCAUGAGCUACUGGAUCGUCGCGUGGUUCGGGGUCGUCCUGGAGGAGAUUGUUCUGCGAGCGUACCGCGAUAAGGGGGCAUACGACUGGGAGGCGUGGGAUGAUGCGACCAGGUUACCCAGUGGCUGGGCAGCGGGUGGAAGCUUGGUGGCGGGUUGUCUUGGGGCCUUUCUAGGGAUGGAUCAAUCGUUCUUCAGGGGCCCUAUUGCUCAGACUCUUCCCGACGGCUGCGAUCUGGGGAUGUGGCUAGCGUUCAUAUUCGCUGUUAGCGUGUACCCUCUUCUUCGGAUGAUUGAGCUACGAUUCCUGGGACGGUGA